AUGGCAAUUAUCAUUGGGAUGAUGAAGGACUUGUCAUUGACGGGCCACCGCCAUUCAAUAAAGCGUCAUUUAUCCGAUGGGAAAAUUAACGACUACGAGAGUGCGGCAAAACGUCGCCGGAAUGAAGGUGUCGUAAUAGAAAUGCCCUCGCAAACAGGUAGAAAUCGUUCGCGAAUUAGAUCUACCAACUCGCGCAAAAGAGAG